AUGCCUGACAGUUUACCAAAAUCAGAUGACCUUGAAGCCACCUGGAAUUUUAUCCAACCUGGAAUUACUCAAAUUCUAGGAGAUGACAACUCUGCAAAUUCAUCAAUUACAGGUGUCGAUAAAAUUCUUUCCCCAACCAUGUAUAUGGAAGUAUACACAGCCAUUUAUAAUUAUUGUGUAAAUAAAUCAAGAUCUUCUGGACAAUUUAAUACAGAUAAACAAACUUUGAAUAACCAAUCAUCUAUUUUAGUUGGUAGUGAAAUAUACGAAAAAUUAAAAAAAUAUUUGAAGAAAUAUGUGUCUAGCUUCCAGAAGAAUGCACAUGAAUCAUUUUUGCAAUUUUACGUUAGACGUUGGAAAAGAUUUACCAUUGGUGCCAUUUUCCUAAACCAUGCCUUCGAUUAUAUGAAUAGAUACUGGGUUCAAAAGGAAAGAAGCGAUGGCAAAAGGUACAUUUUUGAUGUGAAUACCUUAUGUUUAAUGACUUGGAAAGAAGUCCUUUUUGAUCCAAAUAGUGAACAAUUGGUUAAGGAGGUUCUUGAACAAAUCACUGCAGAAAGAGACGGAAAUAUUAUCCAGAGAGGUAACGUCAUUACAGCCAUCAAGUCUCUUGUGGCUUUAGGUAUUGAUCCUCAAGAUUUGAAGAAAUUGAAUUUGAACGUUUAUAUCCAAGUAUUUGAAAAACCAUUUUUAAAGAAAACUGAGGAAUACUACACUUCAUAUUCUCAAAAUUAUCUGGCCUCCCAUUCUGUGACAGAAUAUAUAUUUGAAGCUCAUGAAUUAAUCAACCGUGAGGAAAAAGGUAUGGCAAUGUAUUGGGAUGAUCACACGAAGAAACCUCUUUCUGAAACUUUAAAUAAUGUACUGAUUAAAAACCAUAUUGAACAAUUGGAGAAAAACUUUACUACAUUGUUGGACUCUAGGGAUCAUCAAAAGAUAUCUGCAUUAUUUACAUUGAUGCAAAGAGAUUUCAUGUUAUUACCGAACUUAAGCGUUGCAUAUGAACAAUAUAUCAAACAAACUGGUGAAGAGGCUAUCUCCGAGUUAAUAGCCUCUCAUAAAGCCGCCGUCAUGAAUUCAUCUAACGAAAACAUCAAGAAAAAUCCUAAUGCAGCUAUCAAUUCGUUACCACCAAAAGAAUACAUUAAAAAAUUACUCGAUAUUUAUGCAAUCUUCCGUAGUAUCACUACAGAAUGUUUCAAAAAUGAUUCUAUAUUCGCAAAAGCAUUAGACAAUGCCUGUAGAUCUUACAUAAAUAAUAACGAGUUAGCAAUUCCACCUGGAGCGCCAAGAUCUGCCACAUCCAAGACAGCAGAAAUGCUAGCCAAAUAUAGUGAUCAACUGUUGAAGAAGUCUACUAAGCCAGAGGUUACUCAGGAUAUGUCCGUUGAUGAUAUAAUGAUGAUCUUCAAAUUUUUAACUGACAAGGAUGCUUUUGAAUCCCAUUACCGUAGAUUAUUUGCUAAAAGAUUAAUUCAUGGAACAUCAACAUCUGAUGAAGAUGAGGAAUCCAUUAUUCAAAGAUUACAAAGUGAAAAUAGUAUGGAAUAUGCAGGUAAGAUUACGAAAAUGUUCCAAGAUGUUAGGCUCUCUAAGAUAUUGGAAGAAGACUUUGAUGUCAUAAUUAAAAAGGAACAGCAGGUUACCGGGAAUAAAAUCCCGGAUUUGCAGCCCUUUAUACUUGCCGAAAAUAUGUGGCCAUUUACAUACCAAGAAGUCGAAUUCAAACUACCACAGGAUUUACAACAAUCAUAUAAAAAGCUAGAGGAAAUAUAUACAGAAAAACAUAAUGGAAGAAUUCUGAAGUGGCUGUGGCCGUUAUGUCGUGGUGAAUUGAGUGCAGCUAUCGGUAAACCAGGUCGUCCAGCAUUCCAUUUUACAGUGACAUUAUUUCAAAUGGCUAUAUUAUUACUGUUUAAUGAAAAGGAUGUUUUAACUUUAGAGAACAUUCAAGAAGCCACGAAUCUAAAUCUACAAAAUAUUGCCGCUGCCAUGGUGCCAUUCAUUAAAUAUAAAUUACUUCAACAAUCUCCUCCUGGGUUGGAAGCCUUGAUGAAACCUGAUACAGAAUUUAAAAUAUCACUUCCAUACAAAGCUUUAAGAACGAACAUCAAUUUUGCCGGUGGUGUUAAAAGUGAUAUAUUGAACGGAUUAAUAUCAGCUGAUGGUACAACGAAAAGAGUUCCAGGUACCAAUGGAUUAACUGAAAACGAAAAGAUUGAGAAAGAGUUAAAUGCUGAAAGGCAAAUAUUCUUGGAAGCUUGUAUUGUCAGAAUCAUGAAGGCGAAAAGAAAAUCACCUCAUUCGAUGUUGGUAAAUGAGUGUAUAGCGCAAGCUCAUCAGCGAUUUAAUGCUAAAGUUUCCAUGAUAAAGAAAGCUAUUGAUAGUUUGAUUCAAAAAGGUUAUCUUCAAAGAUGUGAUGAUGGUGAAUCAUACUCAUAUUUAGCCUGA